UACGACACUCUGUGUUGCUUAGCGGUAGCGGCGGUUCCCACGUGCGUGCCGGGAGAAAGAGCAGCGCGAGGAGUGCAGUUCAGUUUUUUACAGUUUUCGGUUUAAUUUUACUCGGAUUCUUCCUCCCCGCGAGUCUUUGAGCUUCAGCUGCUUCUGCCCGGGUUCAGGUUUGAAUUCCUGAGUAUGUCUUUCCGUGGAGGCGGUGGCCGAGGUGGUCGUGGUGGUGGUGGCGGUGGCUUUGGAAGAGGAGGAGGAGGUGGAGGAGGAGGCUUUGGGAGAGGUGGUGGUGGUGGUGGAGGAGGCUGGAGAGGAGGAGGAGGCGGUGGCGGUAGAGGAGGUGGACGAGGAGGAGGAAGAGGCGGCUUCAACAGAUACCAGGAUUUUGGUCCUCCAGACCACGUAGUCGCACUGGGAGAGUUCAUGCACCCCUGUGAGGAUGACAUUGUAUGUAAGUGUGUGGCGGAGGACAACAAAGUGCCCUUUUUCAACGCCCCUGUCUACUUGGAGAACAAAGAGCAGAUCGGGAAGGUGGACGAGAUCUUCGGCCAGCUCCGAGACUUUUAUUUUUCUGUCAAACUUUCUGAAAACAUGAAGGCAUCUUCGUUCAAGAAAUUACAAAAGUUUUACGUUGAUCCUAUGAAGCUGUUGCCGCUGCAGAGGUUCCUCCCGAGACCCCCGGGAGAGAAGGGCCCUCCUCGAGGGGGUAGAGGAGGCGGCAGAGGGGGUGGACGAGGAGGUGGUUUCCGUGGUGGAAGAGGCGGUGGAGGUGGUCGUGGAGGCGGGUUUGGAGGAGGUAGAGGAGGAGGGUUCGGAGGAGGAGGGUUCAGAGGAGGAAGAGGAGGUGGAGGGGGCAGGGGAUUCAGAGGUGGAAGAUGAUGAUAAACGAAGCAGAUUGUUGUAUCUUCCUCAGAGGAAGCUUCUGUGGAUGAAGCUGGGGAGAAGCAGCUGAUGGAGGCUGGUUCAGUUUUCAGGCUGGACUAACUGGUGCCUCUUUUCCUGCAGCUGAAUCUCAUCUUUUUAUAUGUCUGAUAUGUAUUUUUGAGGGGGUAGGGGAUGCUGGGGAUAUUAUUUCAUAUUUGCCAUAUGUUUAGGCGUGAGAUAAAUGUUUUCAUACCUAGAUUUACUGUAUGUUUUGCGUUUGCUGAAGGUUAAAUGGACAUUAUCAACACCGGACCUCUUUCAUGUGAACGGGAACUUUAUAGAGCGUAAUGCUCUGAGCCCAGUUAUGUUAUGUUGGUGUGGUAAAUUAAUAGAUAUAAACUGGGCUGUAAUUGUUAUACUGGUCCUACAGACACCACAGAAUCCUUUACCACAUGGACUGUACAACAGCAGGACUGCCAUGCUAAUGCUAAAUAAAAUCUACAGUGUUUGUACAGA